AGGGACAACAAUGGAAAUUACACUGGUUUACUGGGAACUCCUGGCUGUCAGGUUAGGCUUCAUCAUCGCUUUCGAGCAUGUAGUGUUUUUCUUCCUGCAAGCGAUAGACUGGAUGGUGCCGAAUGUCAGUGAGUCUCUGGAGCUGAAGAUGAAGAGAGAGCGCUACUUGGCUAAGCAGGGCCGACAAUCAGGAGGCCCUGUUGGUGAGUCAGCAUGCCCCGGCCUCCAGCCCAGCGUUCAUCUUUUUCUUGCUAUGCUUGCUGUGAGUGUGUUCCUCUGCCAUUCAGCCUGCAGGAAGUGUGCGUUAGUACAUGUCAGUUAGUGGAGUAAGGUAUGCAACGCGGUCAUAGUCUUCCACAGAGACUGUGCAUUCCAGAUGGCACCCUAUUCUCUAUAUAGUGCGCUCCUUUUUAUAGGAUUCCGUAGGCAAAAAGGUGCUAUUUGGGACAUGGACAUUGUACUAAUGGUUCUCCCAUUAUACCUCAACAUCACACUUAAAGUAACUGUCCUUUGAAAAUCUAACUUUAAAAAGUACAUAUUCUGUUAACUCAUACCCACAUAAUGUUGUUGACUCUUCCUAUACUCGUAUUUGUGGCCAAAGCAAACUUCUAUGUCAAACUGCUGGCCAAUCAGCUGUCUACUUGCAUGAAUAUUUUUAAUGACCGGUAUACAUCCACACCAUUUAAACACAGAAAAGCUGCUUCCUAAGCUUCUUAACAUACUUAAUUAACCUAUUUGGAAGAAAUUAUUUCACUCAUUUUGUAAUUAAUUAUAGGUCAUAUUUCAUAGAAAUCUGGAAACACUGGACAUUUACUUAAAUAGAGUGGGGAAGCACUCAAAGGCAGGGAGCGAGAACCCAUAACACCACCCAUUGUAACCUACUGAAAAGUGUCAACUUGUCAGCAGGGUUGGGUAGGUUACUUUCUAAACGUAAUAGGGUUACAUUUACUAGUUACCUGUCCAAAAUUGUAAUCAGUAACUUUUGGAUUACCCAAACUCAGUAACAUAAUCUGAUUACAUUCAGUUACUUUUAGAUUACUUUCCCCUUAAGAAGCAUUAAAAGAAGACAAACAUGUAUGUUACCAAUUGAACCACAUCUAUUGCAGGAUAAAUCAAUGUUAACG